UGCAGUGGACUCUCUACAUCCUGAUGUCUCUAGCAAGUGUACACAGCUCAGCUCGCGGCUGGUUCACCUUCUUCUCGGAACCCAUGUCGUGGAACGAAGCCUUCACCGUGUGUUCAGACCGAGGGGAACGUCUACUCCACAUCAACAAUGCUGAUAAAUACAGCGAUGUGACGGACAUGAUAAACGAGCUCACUGAUCAAGGUUAUUUGACGGGUCCCCUGUGGUUAGGUGCCUAUAGAACAUCAGGAUCCACUCCGACCACCAUGUGGACAGACUGUAGCCUCGCUCAACUCACGCCCUGGCAAAAUGCGACUUAUAGCGCAGACAAGUUGUGUGCAGAGGUGCAUGGUGAUACCUUCGCAUGGCAAAAGUGUAACGUGCUUCAUCAGUUCAUCUGUGAAGGGCAUAUUGAUCAAUGUCGGUAUGAGAAAACCAGUGGUCAUGACCUGGCGUCCGGCAAAGGUCACUCCGGGACGAGGGUCAGCAGUGCCGUAUGUGGCAGCUACUGUAUGACGUAUGAAUUGCACACUGCGCACUUUGACCUCAUCUGUGCAGCCUACAGCUUUAACAACGUGACACGCGAGUGCUUCGUUAACAUGAAGCCGAGCCUGUACGAACCUGACAAGUCUCCUUCCUUCGCAGCCAACACGGACAUGGAGGUGAACGUCAAACGAUGCUUCAGUUUGAACAUUUCCUCAUCAUCCGCUGGUCGGCCCGAUUCUCGAUUGAAGCCAGAAAAUCCAUGCACUAGUGACCAGGUGUUCUUCUCUGCCACCUCUACCACCAUCUUCAGCAACGUCACGCCAUUGACGCACAGCACUGCGGUACAGUCGUCAACGACCAAUGCCCAUAGUAGUAUGUUGGACACGCCUAGUUUCGACUUCAGCGCCAUGGCGACGGUUGGAGUGAGUGACCACAUUCCCACUGCUGUCUCUGUGGUCGGAACCACCCUCCAAGGAUUGAUCACUGUACUUAAUGUAGAUAAUAGUAAUGUAAGGUCACACGUAUCAGAAUCUUCAGACAUUUCCCCGAGCUUCAACCUUGUGUUUCCAAGUGACAACUAUGCAAGCACACUCUACUCAAGCACAUCGCACAUAUGGAUGACGAGCAGCAGAUCCCCACCGCUGUCGUUCCCGCCUCCCAAUACCGCAACUGAACACGUAACUGGCACGCUUUCCCUAUCAGAAAAAAUGACACAGGGAACCACUAAAUUACCUCCCUUGUCGCAGGGGGACCCCAAACUGAUCAGUUCAGCUUACUCUCAACAAGAUGUUAUCACACACGGCCUAGUGGCAACGACUACUACAUCCGGGGCGUUCAGCGAUGUCCCAAACAAUCCAUCAGGCACCAUGUUGUGUACAUGCCACUGUCGGCCGUCUAACAUAACAGAGGAGCGCCUACGGUCAAUCAAGCAACACCUAGCUGUGGAUAGAGCCAACCUCUCGACCACCAGGCGCCGGAUGAUGUCUGCCCCUGACCACCGGAAGUCUGUGACAGCCGUGGGGAGUAUCAGCGUGGGUGUGCUCUGUGUCCUGCUGCUGGUGCUCCUGGCGCUUGACGUGGAUCAGGUAUUACGACUGGUUACCUGGUGUCACUACGCCACCCCAGGUACUGAAACCGGGACAUGUGUGGGUAGUGGCCAGACAGCAAGUUCACCAGUCAGAGAGGGGAGGGAACAUAUGCUGUGAAUCAGCACUUAACAUUACUUUAAAGGCAAGAUGUUUUAUGAUUACAACUUCUUCAUACUGUUAUGAUGCGACGUUUCAGUUCAGAUCCUUUUUCCGUUGUCAAGCAAGAGUGAAGUAAGUCAGCACAGAACAGAUUAUAUGCAUCUAAUAUGGAUUAACAAAAUGAGGAAAUACAUGACUUGGAUUACCAACAACAGCAAAGGAUAAUACUUGAUUGACAUAGUAACAACAGAAAGAAGAAAAUGGCUGAUUGAUAACAGAAGACGCCAACAGAAGGCGUACAAAUAUACAGUGCGCAGCGUAAUUUGUUCUUUGAUCAUGACAGUAAAUGAAACAGGAUGA